AUGAGGGUUCGCCGAAUGACGGUCAUCGCGUUCUCGUCGCCCGGCGGGAAUGCGUCCAUCAACGACAGCGCAGACAUGCCCGAUGCUGCGCAGAGCGACACCCCGACACGCCCGUCGCUAAACCACACCGGCAAGGAGUCCGGUCUGGUCAAGCUGACUGCGUGUAGGAUCCUCCCCGGGUCGCAUCCCACUGCGUGA